AUGGAUCCAUAUCAACAGACUUCCGACUAUGCGCCGCCUAUGGGACCGCCACCUGGUGCACCACCACAGGGCAUCGUGCCUCCGUCUGGCCCUCCGCCUGGCUCCUUUCAAGGGCAGCCGAGUGUGCCGAUGGGGUACGGCCAGGCUCACAUCCAAGGGGUCGCUGGAAGGGGCCGCACGCCGUCAUAUUCUUCAGCUAUAGUCGACGAAGCAAACAGGAAAUGGGGAGCGCCUCCAGUCCGGCGGAAGCCCAUCGGAGUUCCUGUCCCACUGCCGCAACAGCAACAGCAACAGCAGCCGCCGCAGAUGGGAAUGCAGCCGACCCCAGUCACUCGUACGAGUACAAGCUCAUCACUACGUGGGAUGAUGAACACUCUUAAGUCGAAAGCCCAAGUCGAAGCUCGCGCUUUGGCAAAGACAGUGAAGCAGUACCAAAAUGAGCACAGCCAUGGAGCCCAGGCUCAAAAUUAUGGAGGAAAAUACCAACAACCUUAUGGAGCUGCACCUGAUGGGAGUCCUUACGCGAGCCCAGGUGGGCAGACCUACCAGUAUAACCCUGGUGUACAACCCUCAACCCCUCAGGCUCAGUUUCAAGCUCCUUUGCAGCAGCCAGCGGCACAGACUUACCAGUAUCAAUAUCCGGGUGCAGUGCAGUCACCUAUCACUCAACCGACGGGCUCGCAAACCCCAGGAGGAUAUGUAUAUGGUGGGUCCUCUCAGCCUUUGCAAUCGGACCCGGCCACUCCAGCGCAGAACCCUACAGGAGCAUAUUACUCAAGCACCGUAGAUGUUCAAAGCCAGCCGUAUGCUGCAACACCUGCUAGCCAAUAUCAGUACAACCUCCCGGCAGCCUCUACUUUCCAAAGCCAAUACCCUGUCGCAGAUGCUGGCGCAUCAACAUAUACAUAUCCUCAGACAGGAUCUGCUCCUCCUGGACAACCUCCCUUGACGGAUACAAAUUUUAAUGUUGCCAGUUCACCGUCUGUAGCCAACAUUUCCUAUGGGUUGUCCACAUUACAAUACCCAGACACAGGAGCGACUGUCCCUAUUUCGCAAGGACUGCAGAGCACGCCGGAUGGUGGCUACAUGAUUUCGAGUAAUGCUACCGCCGUACCUGGGCCACAGCCAAGUGUUAGCGAGAGUGGCUACACAUAUCCCGGCACUGCUGCAGCCUCAACUGGGCAACAGCAAACUAUACCUGGGACAGGUUACAGUUAUCCUGGCACUGGUGCUACCUUAUCAGGGCCACAGACAGGUGAAAACCCAUAUAUUACCACAAAUGUGAUCGCCCAAGAUCAGGAGAAGCAACAGCAACAGCAACAGCAACAGCCCUUGGAGAACACUAGCGUCGAUAUCCAGCCGCCGCAUAUUCCUGCUCCGUCAGAUGGUGCCACUCAUCAGGCCAACUCUAGGAUAGAAUCAGCACUUCAGGAUGGGAAUAUUCUCAUUACUUCGGAGACGCCAGUUGUUGCCCCGAAGCCUAGUACUAGGAUCCAUGCCGCGCUCCUUGAUCCUAGCCCAGCCGACAGCCCUGAAUCACCACCUUCUGCUCCUCAAUCGAAUUCGAGAAUAGAAGCUGCACUCCAAGAACCGAUCACUGCAGCCGCUGAACCUCAGCCAAAUGCUAGAAUAAAUGCCGCUCUUCAAGAAGAGCAGAAGACCGCCCCUGAUUCAAUAAUAGCACCACCGACAGCGCUGGAGAAUGGCUCUACUGUUGGAGAACAGCCCCCUUCAUUGCCACCACCUCAAGCACAGAAGACUAUUGAAACAUUGGGUCCUUCCAUUCCUGCUGCCACCCCAGCUACCUUUUCCAUUUUGCCUUUGGGCGAGGAGGAAGUGAAACCCUUACAGGCAACCCAGUCUUUCCCACCCGCAAUCGGAGAACAGACAUUAAUCACCUCGCAACAAGCUCCAGAGCCAGCACAACAUCAUGCAUACCCAGCUACCGCGGGGCCGGAACCUCUUGAUUUUCACGCUCCGGCGACUGUUCCUGGCCUCUCUCCGUUUGAACAUUUUAGCCCUGCCCCGCCCGUGAUUGAGCAGAACCCAAUGCCAAAUCUCAAUGCUCCAGUUCUUCCACCGCCUGUUGUCUCGCAGACAACCCAAGACUAUGAGCUGCCGAGCUUACCCCCUGGUCCUCCGCCUGGAGCCCUGCCCAUCCAGGACUUCAACGCCCCUGCGAUGCCACCACCGCCUGGAGUAGGGCAGGCUUCUAUCUACGAAUUCCAGCCUCCUACUCAAGUUCCACCCCCUGGGCCUCUGGCAGAGACACAAACUGGAAUCUCUAGCUCUGAUGACAUAAGUUAUGUCAUCGAUGGCAUGGGCAAGUUGUCGGUCGUUAGGGGAAAUGCUGUCGAGCCCUUUAGAGAUUUCCACAGCACAUCUCAUACGAAAGACAGCACAUGGAUUGAGGAUAUCCCACGCCGGCAGCCCCUUCAACUGUCCGAGUAUGGAGAACCAAACGAGGCAGUGUGGUUCUGUCCAGGCAAUGCACACGACAAUGGCUACGUUGCGACCUGGUUUUAUUUACCCAGCGCGCCUGAUUUCUUAAUAUGCACCCGAUGCUAUGCAACACAUCUGAAGAACACCAACUUGGCAUCUAGUUUUUCGAAGAAAAAGACGCACGGUGCGAGAUGCCGCUUCGACGUCUCCCGCAUAACCUCAGUACUCGUCCCGCAAUGUGUACAGAUGGGAAACGUUGAGCCCCUGGCAGAGUACUUGGCAAAGCGGAUCAGUAUCAAGGAUUGCGCUCUGAAGAAAGGGUUCAAUGGAAAUGAUGGAAUUAAGGUCUGGGUGAUCGAGAGAGAAACAAACGACGUCAUGAAGAACUUUAUCGCCUGCCAGGCAUGUUACGAAGAUCGCGUUCUGGCAAGCAACUAUGCUGGGGAAUUCAUUCCUAGGCAGCAGAAGUACCCCGAACCGCAGGCAGCGAGUUUGACAUGGUAUUGCGACCUCAACGCGUUUGGUUAUUCGAGGAGGUCCUUUGAUAUCUAUUCGAGAAACAACGCCCCGUUCAUGGACUGGGUCACUAAAGCAACGAAACUGUUCCAGCUCCCGGAGUGCGAAGCUGACCAGGGCGUUGAGGCAUCAAGUCGAGAAUGGGUUCGGCCAAAGGACCCAGUAGAGACAAUGGUCAUUUGCGAGAAAUGUUACUUUAAUGAGCUGUGCUGGACGGCUCUGGAGGACGCUUUCGAAUAUAUACCAAUAGAGAAGCCCGCCAGGGGUUCAGAGCGCAUGGAUUAUAUUUUCGGAAUCCGGGAAACCCCAGCAACAUCAUGGACAUGCGAUGCUCGUGUAUCUCAGAUUGAAAAUGUUCUUGCUGGAGCCCUCCUGCGCCAGGACGCCGCUGUCUUUAGCAGAUGUGCUCGCACAGUCAUGUCGAGCCCCAAAUGCGUGUCCCAAGGCAUCACCAAUGGGACCUGGUACACCCCCAAAGGUGGCCCGAGCAACUACGUGAUGUGCGCUGCCUGCUUCGCUGGGUUCUGCGACGCGUUCCUGGAAUGCGGCCACAUGUUCGAGCUGAGCCCCCUCAGCGGAUCCUCUGACACAGUCGUGUGCAGCUUCAACAGUGCCAGCCCCCGACGAUAUCAAUUCCUAUUCAGCAUGUACCAGGCGACGCAGGAGGGUGUUUGGUCCAUUGCACAGGAUACGAUCCGGAACUAUAUCAACAUACCCGAGUGCCCACGCAACAACCAUGUCGCGAGUCGCAGAUGGUACGGCUGGGGCGACUGUCUGAUCUGCCAAGACUGCUACCAGGAGGUUAUCAAGGACAUGAGGAAAGGUCUCCCGUUCGAGCUGGAGGAUCAACUGGUGGAGGAGGAACGCAUGUGCUCGAUGUACUCCCCGCGCAUGCGUGAGAAGUUUAGUAUGGCGGUUGAGAAGGGCGAUUCUACGGAACUCGUUGAAUACUCGCGGGUGCGCAUUCAGGUCUGGACACAGACGAUACCGCAGAUUAAGAUGCUGCGGCAGAUGCAGGAGAUGCAGAUGAUGACCGCCAUGUCGGCUGGCAUGGCCGGACUAAUGUACCAAGGCGCGGGGGCCGUCCAGAGCAUUGCUGGGACGACUGACGGAUAUCUACAUGGCAACAGUAGCGUCGGAUGGCAUGACACGGAGAAUGGCGCAACAGCUGGCCAGAAGUUUAAUGAGAUGAGCAGCGGGAUGAGCGCGGCGAACAGCGGAGGCACUUGGGGGCAGAUCUUUAUGCUGCAGGCACAGUGGGAGCGGUAUGAGUAG